AUGAAGGAGCGCGAGAAUGAAGAAAGGAGGGAUGUUUGUGUUUCUGACGAGAUUGAGCUUAAAUUUCAUGAAAUGGAUUAUAAGGAGAUAAAUAUUGAGAUGAAUACUAGUGAGGGAGAUAAUGGGGAGAAAAAGGUUGCCUCUAUCAAAAUUGAUAAAAUAAAGAGCGGUAUGACAGAAAAUAACGAAGUCAGAGUAGAUAUCCUCACAUCAACUGGGAACAAAGAUGAAGUUGACAGUGAUGCAUCAACAAGUGAGACAGGAUUAAUACAACCAAUUUCGGGAAGUAUCAACAUGCUUGCAGCUCCACAGUCAAACAAUGAUGAAAGUAUUAGUGAAAAUAUUGGAAAAGGAUGUGAAGAAUCUGUAGCAAGUGACAUUUCUACUUCUUUUAAAGAUGAUGAAGGGGAGAUUUGUCCUUCAUCGGAUGAUGACUAUUCGAAUGAAUCGUUUGAAAUUGAAGAUGAUGAAAUAGUCAUUCCAGACAACAGUGCAGAGGAUAAAAUGAUUGACACCAGUCAAUCAAAUGAAAGUAAAAGUACAAGAAAAGAUAAAGAAAUUACAUUAAACAUCAAAAAAGACAAGAUUGAAAAACAUUAUUUACCAGCGAACAAAAUGACUAUUUUUUCUAAAAAUGAUGAUGGCGACAACUGUCCCGUAUCGAAUAAUGACAAUUUGAAUGAAUCGUUUGAAAUUAAGAAAGAUAAAAUGGUCAUUCCAGAAAAUAGCGUAAAAUAUAAAGUGAUUGAAAACUACCAAUCAAGAAAGGGCUAUACAAACCACAACAUCAAACAAAACGACGACAUGUUAUCGUCAUAUGAAGACAGCAACUUUAAAUUGUUAUCAAAUCCAUCAUCGCUGUGUAAAAAGUUAGCACCUCUUUUAACAUCAAAGAAUAGACUGGAAAAACUUUCACCAUCGAAUCAUAAACGAGAUAGCAGUGUGUUUGACCUUCCACCACUACCUGUAACUGGUUCAUCGUCAACUUUGAUAAAGAACAAAAAUUCUGCAAUUCAAGAAUGUCAACCACUUAAUAAAGUUUCAGACCAUGACAAGUCGAUUAAAGAUGAAUUCAAUGAUGCUUCGAAAGGUGGCGAUAUUGAUAUUUUUAUGUCAACAAGCAACCAUGUCGAAGCGGAUGCUAAUUCAUCAAUGAAAAAACAAGAUGAAGGUGACAGUGAUGCAUCAACAAGUGAGACAGGAUUUAUACAACCAAUUGCCGGAAGCCUCAAUAUGUUUGCAGCUCCACAGUCAAAAAAUGAUAAAUUUGAUGAAAGUAUUAAUGAAGAGAUUGGAGAAGAAUGUGAAGAAUCUGUGGCAAGUGACAUUUCUACUUCUUUCAAAGAAGAUGAGAAUGACAUUUGUCCCUUAUCGGAUGAUGACGAUUUGAAUAAAUCAUUUGAAAUUGAAGAUGAUGAAAUGGUCAUUCCAGACAACAGUGUGGAGGAUAAAAAGAUUGACAUCUGUCAAUCAAAUGAAAGAAAACUUACGGUAAACAUCAAAGAAGUCAAAACUGAAAACCAAAGUUCACACGCGAAUGAAAUUUCUACUUCUUCUAAAAAUGAUAAAAGCGACAAAGGUCACUUAUCAAAUGAUGACGAUUUGGAUAAAUCUGUUGAGUGUAAAAAAUAUGAAAUGGUCAUUCCAGACGAUAGUGCAGAUAAUAAAAUGAUAUUUACAUGCCCGCCAAGCCAAAAAGACGAUGAACUAUCGUCCUAUGAAGACAGCAACUUUAAAUUGUUAUCAAAUCCAUCAUCACUGUGUAAAAAGUUAGCACCUCUUCCAACAUUAAAGAAUAAAUUUGGAAAACUUCCACCAUUGAAUCAUAAACGAGAUAGCAGUGUGUUUGACCUUCCACCACUACCUGUAACUGUUUCAUCGUCAUCUUUGAUAAAGAACAAAAAUUCUGCAACUCAAAAAUGUCAACCACUUGAUAAAGUUUCAGACCAUGACAAGUCGAUUAAAGAUGAAUUCAAUGAUGCUUCGAAAGGUUGCGAUAUUGACAUUUUUAUGUCAACAAGCAACCAUGUCGAAGCGGAUGCUAAUUCAUCAAUGGAAAACCAAGAUGAAGUUCACAGUGAUGCAUCAACAAGUGAGACAGGAUUUAUACAACCAAUUGCUGGAAGUCCCAAUAUGUUUGCAGCUCCACAGCCAAAAAAUGAUAAAUUUGAUGAAAGUAUCAGUGAAGAGAUUGGAGAAGAAUGUGAAGAAUCUGUAGCAAGUGACAUUUCUACUUCUUUUAAAGAAGAUGAGAUUGACAUUUGUCCUUCAUCGAAUGAUGACGAUUUGAAUGAAUCGUUUGAAAUUGAAGAUGAUGAAAUGGUCAUUCCAGACAACAGUGCGGAAGAUAAAAAAAUGAUUGUAACAUGCCAGCCAAGCAACGGUAAGACGAUCAGAAACAUCGAAGAAAGAGACGAUGAACUAUCGUCCUAUGAAGAUAGCAACUUUAAAUUGUUAUCAAAUCCAUCAUCACUGUGUAAAAAGUUAGCACCUCUUUCAAUAUCAAAAAAUAGACUGGGAAAACUUCCACCAUUAAAUCAUAAACAAGAUAGCAGUGUGUUUGACCUUCCACCAUUACCUGUAACUGGUUCAUCGUCAUCUUUGAUAAACAAGAAAAAUUCUGCAACUCAAGAAUGUCAACUGCUUGCUGAAAACACAGAUAAUGACAAUUCCACAAAAGAUGAGUUCAAUGAUGCUUCGAAAGGUGGCAAUAUUGAUAUUUUUAUGUCAACAAGCAACGAUGUCGAAGCGGAUGCUAAUUCAUCAAUGGAAAAACAAGAUGAAGUUGACAGUGAUGCAUCAACAAGUGAGACAGGAUUUAUGCAACCAAUUGCUGGAAGCCUCAAUAUGUUUGCAGCUCCACAGUCAAAAAAUGAUAAAUUUGAUGAAAGUAUCAGUGAAGAGAUUGGAGAAGAAUGUGAAGAAUCUGUAGCAAGUGACAUUUCUAGUUCUUCCAAAGAAAAUGAAGUUGACAUUUGUCCCUUAUCGGAUGAUGACGAUUUAAAUAAAUCGUUUGAAAUUGAAGAUGGUGAAAUGGUCAUUCCAGACAACGGUGCAGAUAACAAAAUGAUUUUAACAUGUCAGCCAAGUAAAGGUAAGACGAUCAGAAACAUCGAAGAAAGAGACGAUGAACUAUCGUCCUAUGAAGAUAGCAACUUUAAAUUGUUAUCAAAUCCAUCAUCACUGUGUAAAAAGUUAGCACCUCUUUCAAUAUCAAAGAAUAGACUGGGAAAACUUCCACCAUUAAAUCAUAAACAAGAUAGCAGUGUGUUUGACCUUCCACCAUUACCAGUAACUGAUUCAUCGUCAAUGUUGAUAAACAACAAAGAUUCUGCAACUCAAGAAUGUCAACCGCUUGAUCACGAUGACAGUAACAAUGAUGAUGAUGACGUUAAUUUUGACGACAUUGAUGCGUUGCUGUUGGAUUUAGAUGAAUUUGAUUCGAAACGAGCUAAUAAAGAACCAAGAGCUUAUUGA